AUGCGCCGUUCGGCGCACGCGCAUCAGCUUGGAGAAGGAGAUGCGCGGAAUCGGGAGGUGGAGGAGUACCGAAGCGUAUUUUUGAGGCAGACGGCGAACAGUGCCCUGGUGAAGCCGGGCAAAGAGAUUGGAGACACUCCCCGAGCAUCCACAGAAAGAAGUACCAGCGUCAGCGCAGGGGGAUCUAGGGGAAGCCGCAGUGUAGAUGGCUCGGACCUGGAAGCAGAUUUUGGCUUGGAACUCGGAGGAGCCCGUGCGCCUCGUGCACAUGGUGGCUCGACCUCGGCAACAUCUAGUACCGCUAGUGCAGUUGAUCUUCUGGCAAGCCGAUAUUCUGUGACUGUACACGGUGCCAAGGCGUCGGAUUUCCUUUCAGAGGUCGGAGUUCCGCUUGCAAGGAUUGCGAGCGAAUCCCCCUAUGAGUCGCCGGCGAACAGUCCUCCCGCUGUCAGCCCUGUCGCCAGCAACCCUCUGGAGAGUUCGGAGGCGAGUUCGGAACCCGAAGGCAAGGCGGCCAGCAGCGAGGCAGUCGAAGCAGGCGAAGCGCAGGAUGGGGCCAAAGGCAGAUUGCAGACGUUGAAGUUGCCAGAGUCUCCCAGGCACCGAGCAAACCCCCUGCACUCCAUGGCCUCCGAUGCCAUGGGUGCUCAGGAGAGCUUAGUCAGCUCAGUCGCCUUGCAAGAGUACGUUGCUUGGCUUGAAGCGCGCCAUAUGCGCCAUGCAGACCACUCACCACUGGCUUCUCAGUCGGCUGAGCGGCAUCGUCCCCACAGUAGCACUGUGAACAGCUCGGGCAGCAUCCUCUUCCCGCAGAGCCUUCUACCUGAACCUGCCGACGUGAGUGCCGCAAACAGCCUUGCAAGCAGCACAGCCGCGGAACUUCUAGGCAGUCGCGCUGCAGCUUCAAGUACCCUGCGGGAAUACAUCUUGUGGUUGGAAGUGCAAGAUGCUCAAGCAGAAGCUGGCCGUGGUGACAGUUGCAUGGCCGACAGCCUUGCAAGCUCAGAUCAUGCGGCAGAAACAUCAAGGGCCGUGGAGAAGUACUGUGCUUGGCGCCAGUCGAGAAAUGCUCGUAGCCUAGACAAGCUCGGAAGCUCAUCUCUGGACAGUGUGGGCUUGAUGUCCAACUUGCAUUCGAGUCCAAGCUCAGAUUCCUUUCAACAACUGCUCAACGAAAGCCCUGGUCGAAGUGCCAAUGCCCUCAGGGAAUACCGUCAGCAGCUUGAUCAUGCAUCCAGGCGUGUGCGGGAGGACGGAGACAGCAAGAAGAGACUCUACACUGUCAUCAGCCUCCCACCACUAGAUGAAGCUGCUGACUACAUGGUCGAUGGCCUCUUCACAAGCAGCGACAUGGACCCAAGCUCUGGAAAUGGCACGGCAUCAUCACGCCUGUUGAGGAGCAGUUCUGGAUCACAUUCAACGACGCGUGCCCAACUGCUUUCCAAGUCCGCUGGUUCGCAGUCAAGCAUGUGCUCACAUCCGGAAGCCGACAAACGUUUGGAUGCGACGCUCGGGAGCCUUGAGAAUGAGAGCGACGCGGGUUUUCUGAACGAUCAGCUCCUGUGCAGCGAAAGCAGCCCACGGAGUCCACAGAGGAAAGGCCGGCGAUUCGAGCGAUUCGAAGCCACCGCAAAGGACUCGGACGCAACAAGCCGACCACAGGAUGCGACAUGCUCAGGCAAUUUCUACGGAUCUGGGUCUGUCAUCAAGCAGCAAGCCAAGUGGCCUCGACCUCUUGAAGUGAAUCCAGAGAACCUACAGAGCUUCGAGAGUUAA